AUGUUCAAUUCAAAGAAGGGGAUCUCUGUGCGGGACGUACCUGAAGCAAACAUCCAUGGAUGGAUGGAUCCACAAUCUCCGAACUACAAUUCUGUCUUUGCACAAGCCAUCUUUCACUAUUCUGCACGUGCCGAGAAACAGGACCGUUUCGAAGCAUGUGUAGCAACAAAUGAGAUGAAAGACGCUGCUUGGAAGCACGGGCACAGAGACCAGAUUAUUCUGGAUGGGACAUUUGGAGUCAGUGAUCGUCGCUUGCUGCUCUUCAUCAUUAUGGUGGUCGACGAUGAAAGAAAAGGCAUACCUGUCGCAUUCCUAUUCUUUUCGGCACCUACAGGCAAUAAGCAAUCCUCAGCAGGAUACAAUACUGAUAUCCUCACCAAACUGUUGUCAGCGUGGAAGAACGACUUGAAACAAUACAAACCUGGACAAGAGUUUGAGCCGGUGUCCGCAAUCACAGACACGGACAUGAAAGAGCGCGCAGCUCUCUUGAAUGUCUUCCUGGAUAUCGUCUUGCUCAUUUGCCGCUUUCACCUGCGCCAGUCUUGGCGGAAUCAUCGUAAUACGGCACUGAAGGGUGAUGGUCAGGUUCUCGAAGACUUGCGCAUGCGAAUGAUUAUCUUGGAGACCGCACUUCCCCGAACUCACGAGCUGGUUGUUGCUAGAAAGCUCAUCAGUGAUGAGCGCGAGAUUCUGCAAGACCUCAAAACCGAUCAUCCUAGCGAGGUGAACAAGGCAACUGGUUACCAAAUCGGGAACAUGCCUUGGGAUGUCAAAGUCCAAGUAUCCGAAUCAUCGUUUAGCCAAGCACUCAGACACUAUGCCGAAUUCAAAAACACUAGUUAA